UUGGCGUUGGAGUCGGGGCGAGCCGGAGGCACUGACCAUCGAGCAGCCAUGGCGCCGGGUGGGACCCGCGGGCCGACGCCGUGCUGGGCUCUGCUCCUCGGCGGCGCCGCGUUGCUCCUGCUGUUCAUUAUGGACACCGCUGCCCAGGAGCCUUCCGGAGUGGGUUGUUCUGAGAACACAAAUAGAUCCUGUGAAGAGUGCCUGAAGAACGUCUCCUGUCUGUGGUGCAACACUAACAAUGCAUGUUUGGACUACCCAGUCAGAAAAAUCUUGCCACCAGGGUCUCUUUGUAAGUUGAGUUCUGCACGCUGGGGCGUUUGCUGGGUGAACUUUGAGGCCCUGAUUAUUGCCAUGUCGGUGCUGGGGGGCGCCGUCCUCCUGGGUAUUGCAGUCUGCUGCUGCUGCUGCUGCUGCAGGACCAAGAGGGGCCGGAAACCAGACAAGAGCGACGAGCGGGCCAUGAGAGAGCAAGAGGAGAGGAGGAUCCGACAGGAGGAGAGGAGAGCAGAGAUGAAAUCAAGACAUGAUGAAAUCAGAAAAAAAUAUGGUUUGUUUAAAGAACAAAACCCAUAUGCGAAGUUUUGAAGCAGCCAGCACACACUUCCUUCAGAUCCAGCAAAAGCUUCCUGGGACACAGGCUCCUCCCAGGGAGUCACGCCACUACAGCUGGUCCUGACCUGAGUGGGUGUGCCGGCCAGCCUCGGCACAGGCAGUGGGAGCUGCCCCGAAAGGACAAUCCUGCUCUGUCCUGCAAGCUGUGACCUUGUGUUCCCUUAUCUCUGUUUCUGUAUCUAAUCACUUGAAACAUUAAUCUUGUUGGUUUUUUAUUAUUAUUUUUUCAGGAAGUGUACUUGUUCCCCCAUUCUUCUCAGUUUGCAAGCUGAUUACAACCCUGUGACCUGAUGUGCACACGGCUGUGGUUCUUCCUCACAGCAGCAGAAAUCCUGGCUUUCUGCACACCAGCUUCACGCUGUAGCAAGCGAAGGUCUUUGGCCUUGGGAAAACUGACCAGGCCUGUGUCUGUGUGCACAUUUCUUUGAGGCUUCAUAUGUAUAAAUUGUGAUGGCCUUUGUGAAAGUACAAUGUCCUGCCCCACAAUCUGACAAGGCCUUACUUCCCAGCCUGAGUGUACUGAAUAGCACUGAAGAAUAAUUGAAGUUACCUUACAACUUCUUAACAAAUAGUUCUUAGAUUCCCCUAAAAAAGAUUUCACCAAAAAAACUUCCACAUACAAGUUCAGGCCCUUGCUAGGUGAUAAUUUUUAUUUUAUCUAUAUCUUUAAUAGACAACACAACUGUUUCCCCAUGGAACCUGACUGUAAACAAGGUUUAAGCAUCUCUCUGAGAGCUGAGCCUGUCACUCAGGUGCCUGCCUUACUUCUCUCAGGCUGCAUAGGUCUCAGACCCCUCCCUGCCCCAGGCUGUCGAGAUGGUCAGUCAUGUAGUGAGGUGGUGGGGGGGUGGGGGGGACAGGAAUGCCCAGGGAGGAUGAAGGGUCCAUCCACAUGGCCUUCCAUGAGGCCAAGUAUCCUGGAAGCAGGCAUGUGGGCCCAGACAGACAGAUCUGUGCAUCCUGCCUGCCUCAGCAGACCACCCCACUCCAGCUGUGCUCUGCUUUGGCUGGGUCUUCCUCACCCAACUCUGGAGCUCACCAGUGGGACCCCAGAUAUCCUGAUGCCGCCCACGCCGUGCAUUUGCUUAAAAUCAAGACGUGACCUUCGUAAGCAGACCGUGUGCUUGGUGUCAGGGAAGGCAGGGUACUGGGGAGUAAUGGCCUGGAAGCUUCUCUUAAAUUUGAAGAUUUCAGGAAGUCCCAUUUGACAGAUUGCUUGGAACUGAAGAAGAAAAAAAUUUUCUUGGGCUAAGGGUGUGACUCAGUGGUAGAGGCUUACCAAAUUCAUGAGGCCCUGAUUCCAGCCCCAGUGCUAAAAUGAUGACAUCCUCAGGAAAGUAGGCCAAGGGCACCAUGAGCUGAGCAAUGAGGCCCUCUGGCGGCCACUGCACUUCCUGUCCCUUAAGGAGUCACCCAGAGAAGCUAGGUGACCUCACCUGUGGGUGUUUGUACCAGGAGUUGACACUUCUACCCUCAGAUUUUCACAAACUUGGGAAAUGGAAAUAGCUUGUAAUAAGUUUAUUCUUCUGACUUCUUGGGCAUUUGAUAGUUUAAAGUAUUAUAAAACAUUCCUCUUUUAUAGCAGCCAUCAAGAUUUGCCUUUCUACUGUUCAUAAAAGAAACUUUCUGAUAGACUUUAGUAAACUUUGUACUAAUAUGGUAGUAUAUAUAAAAUCACACUUUUUAAAAAAAAAUUUAGGUUGCUGAGCUGAAAGAGUGACCAGUUGUUAAAUACAGUGUAUUUAAUUCUCUCAAGCACUAUAGAAACACGUCAGUGAUCACAAGACUGGUCUUGGUCAGUAUGCUUUUCUCUCAACUAGCAUUACAGUCAAGACCAUCAAACGCAGUGCCUUGCUUUUUAACCAGUUUCCAAUAAAACGGUUUAAUGUUGUCUUUGUUCACUUCCUCAGGGCUCCCUUUCUGGGCAGGGUCACUGGGUUGGCUGGGGUGGGCAGGCUUCCGCGCCCAUCCUGUCUUGUGGGAGCCGCUCUGCACUAGACCUGGACACUGCAGCCCAAGGACUGAACCUGCGGUUGGGUUGGCCCUUAGUCGGGCCAGCAUGGGAAGGUCCUGUCUUGUCACUGUCUCUGCUCUGGCCUGUCCCACCCAAUGUUUUCCUUCUCCUUUGGUAUUGGACACAACUCGGAGACCUGUCUCUGCAGCCUGUGCUUGGCUCCUAUGUGCGGCGUGGCUGCAGACCAGUGCUAGUGCCUGUUCCUGUGCCUUCCCUCGUGGGAGCCACUGGGCUGGUCAGCCUUGUUUUCCAAGGACACAGCCUGGAAAUCCCAGUGACAUCCUCAGUUUAGGCUUUCAGAUUCCUUCACACAUGGGAAAGUGGUACAGAAAAUAGUCUGUGGCCAUCUAGAAAGAUCUAUUUAGACACUGCCUCUGAACUAAAUGGCCCAUCCGCAUGCGAGAAAUCUGAUGGACAUGCACCCUAGCCCCUUGUGCCUCCCCCAUGGUUUGUUUUUAAGGAUAACGCAGUGCGUUCGCCGAUAUCCUAACCGUCGCUUACUGUGAGCUCACCUAUCUUGUGUAACCACCCCAGUCCCGCAAAGUGGUACCGAGAGUACAAACAUCCCUCAUUCCUCCACGAGUCCCCCUCGGGCCUGCAGCACAGGGAUUCUGACCGUGCCAGCGGUUGCCAAGGGAAGCCCUGGAGCAACUCAUUGGGAACUCCGGCUGCGGAGCCCAGGGCUGCGUCCUGUUUCCCU